CCUGUAAGAAAAGGAAGGAGGGUCCGAAGAGUUUCACAAAGCAUCAGUUAUGCGAUUGGAUCAGACCGUUGUUCGAGACUACAACGGUCCGCUAUAGGAAGAGGAACAACCGGCUGACCCGCAGAACCACCUCACUGACCGACCAUAAAGACGGCUUGUAGAGAGAGAGCUUGUGCGUGUGUGUGUGUGUCAGAGAGAGAGACAUAGACCAUGGCUGUGGCGUGGCCUCGGUGCUACCACGGAGGGGUCACUAAGAAAGAGUGUGAGGUGCUCCUGGGGAAGAAGGCCAAGGAGGGAGCCUUCCUGCUCCGGGACAGCGAGACGGUGGAUGGGGGGCUGUGCCUGUGUGUCUAUAAACAGAACAUUGUGUACACCUACAGAGUGAUGACUUCUGGCCGACGCUACUCACUAAUAGCAGCCGAAGGUGUGCCGAAGGUUUACUUUAGCAACCUGCAGGAGCUGAUUGUCCACUAUAGGAAGAAGGACCAGGGCUUAGCCACUCACCUGCGCUUCAGCGUCAGCAGAGUGACGCCCCCUCGCAUCAAGCCCAAAGUGCUCCAGGACCUAGAGUCGGCCAUGGAAACGGUGUAUGAAAAUUCCUAUGCUACGUACGUCACCGUCUUGCCCUGAAGGAACUGUCGACACAGGGUUUAAAUAUCUCAAAAUGCAGAAGCUGCAAAAUUCUUCAUUUUAGAGUUUCAGGAUGCAUAACGUAAAUGGUUGUCUUCCCAUGCUGCAUCAGUUGCUUGUGGCUCCUUUUAUUUCAAGAAAUUAACUUAGCCAUGACUUGUUUUUGUGUUUUCAUAACAUUGAUAUUAUAUUAAUAUUGGUUGCUAUAUUGUAGAGGAUGACUGGGACAUCCGAAUAGAUAUGAGAAGACAGUAGGUCAUUUUCUGGAAUGUGAACUGCGACUUCAAUCUCUAUAAAGCUAAUUAAGUUCUUAUAAGAUAUUUGUAAAACAUUUUUUUUUUUUUUUUCGCUAUAGGCCUACGUCUCUUUAUGCCUAAUGCCUGAGUCUCUGGACUAAAAGGCAACUUUCUGUUUCUCUUUCUGUCUCUGUUUAGUGGCGCUGAUAAUUAAUCAUCUCCCUUGUUUAAUUUCAUGUGCUCUGUUGUUUGUUUUUUAUAUAGCCUAAGUAUAUAAUAAUAUAUCUGUUAUUUGUCUGAUAUUAUUCCAUUUAUUAUUAAUGGUUUUGUAUAAAGAACCUAAUUUAUAAUAAAAAUAAAUAAAAUAAACACAAAUGUAGAGGAGAUAGGGCAUUUGUUGCUGUUGCCCUGAAACAGCUUGCCACUGCAUAUUAAAUUAUCACCCUCUGUAGCUAUUUUUAAAUCAAAUCUUAAAACUCAUCUCUACUCUAUUGCCUUUAAUUCAGUCUAACCUUUCUUUUACCUCAUCUUUAUCACAUCUUUUAGUCUUUUGAUCCUGAUUGUACAUUGAUUCAUUGCAUUGUGGCAACGUCUAGCCAACAUUAUCAUUGUUAUUAAUGUCAUUAUUAUAGUUAUUGUUAUUAUCGUCGUCUCAAAUGUAUGAUUGUUACUUGUUUUAUUGUUGUUUGUUUUUUAAAUAUACGUUACAAAUAAAUGCACAUUUACAUUUACAUAAUA